AUGCUACUAGAUCAAUCAGAUGUAACUGUUUGGCCUCUCUCUCUCUCUCUCUCUCUCUCUCUCUCUCUUCUCUCUCUCUUCCUAUUAUUCUUUCUUUCUUUCUUUCUUUCUUCCCCCUCUUUCUCUUUAUCUUCUUAUUUCUCUUUCUUUCUCUCUCUCUCUAUCUCUUUCCAUUUCUCUUUCUUUUCCUCUCUCUGUGUUCCUAUUUAUUUUUCUUUCUUUCUCUCUCUCUGCUUCUGUUUCUCUUUAUUUACUUAUUUAUUUCUCUUUCUAUUUCUCUUUCUUUCUUUCUUUCUCUCACUUUUUGUAUUUCUCUUUCUCUUUCUUUCUCUCUUUCUUUCUUUCUUUCUUUCUCUCUCUCUUUCUUUCUCCCCUCUUUCUAUUUCUUUUUCUAUUUCUUUCUCUUUCUCUUUCUUAGUUUUUCUCUCUUUUUCUGUUUGUCUUUCUUUCUCUUUUUCUUUCUUUCUUUGUUUCUUUCUUUCUCUCAUUCUCUCUUUCUAUUUCUCUCUUUCUCUUUCCAUUUCUCUUUCUCAUUCUUUCUCUCUUUAUCUUUCUAUUUGUCUUUCUUUCUUUCUCUCUCUCUCUGUUUCUAUUCCUCUUUCUUUCUUUCUUUCUUUUUCUCUCUUUCUAUUUCUCUUUCUUUCUUUCUCUCUUUAUCUUUCUUUUUCUCUUUCUUUCUCCGUCUCUUUCUCUUCCUAUUUCUCUUUCUUUCUCUCUCUUUCUCUUUCUAUUUCUUUUUCUCUCUCUCUCUCUUUCUCUCUCUCUCUUUCUAUUUCUUUCUUUCUUUCUUUCUUUCUUUCUUUCUUUCUUUCUUUCUUCCCACCUUCGAUUUCUUCCUCGGACAUUAGGAUGCGAGAAUUUUUUUCUCUAUCUCUCCCUCUCCAAUCUCUCUCUCCAAUCUCUCUCUCUCUCUCUCUCUCUCUCUCUCUCUCUCUCGCCCCUUAUAUCUACAAAUAUCUGACUUUUUCUUUCAUUUCUUUGCAUCUAUCUAUCUAUCUAUCUAUCUAUCUAUCUAUCUAUCUAUGUGGAUCAGGCUGCCUGUCUGUUAGUGUGUCUGUCUAUCUACUUCAGUUCCUUCGUAUCUAUCAGUCUAUCUAUUACACCCUAUCUAUCUAUCUAUCUAUUUAUCUAUCUAUCUAUCUAUCUAUAGAUGCUACCUAUCUAUCUAUCUUUCUUUCUUUCUUUCCAUCUAUCUAUCUAUCUCACUUUUUUCUCAUCUAUCUAUCUGUCUUUCUUUGUUUCUUUCUUUGCGCGUAUCUAUCUAUCUAUAACUGUCUGUUCAUAUCUAUCUCUCUAUCGAUCUAUGUUUUACUUAAUUAA